CGUGCACAGGAAAGCUUCAGUCUCAACCUAAACGCCUGAUUGAAAACUUGCAACUUUGAAGCAAGAUUCUGCGCAUUUUACUUUUGCGCUUUGGUCUGGAAACAAUGCUUUAUUUCCCGACUGACAUCUUUUUCGGCAAUUUAAGCUGUGAGGAGUGUUAACGUCACCUAGGCCCGAAUGAGCAAACUGACUGAGCUCUAUGGAGACCAAGCAUGGGGUCUGCAGCGCUUUCACCCCACGGCGCAACAGCUUGAGGAAAUCAUGUGCCGAAAUAGUCAGAGAAGCAAGGCAGUCUCUGCGUGUUCAGUCCACACAGCGGCCAUUCACGCCAAGAGAUGGACCCAGGAGGCUUUUUGGGGCAAACUCUGUUCGAGGAGAUCAUGGCAGCAGACCUCCAUCAGCCUUCAGCCUUCAUUCUCAAAACUUUGAUGCUAACUCCAGGCCAUGCUCAGGGACUCGCCUCUCACCUCUGAACCAUAAACCAAAGUUUCCAGACUCCAGUAAUGCUGAGGAACCAUUGAAGGACUUUCCCAGAUUCCCCAUUGAGCCGGUGGAAGCGAGGAAAGGGUUGGCAUGGUCUCGGAGCCGCCUCCUCAAGUCUGUAUCUCUUACAUCACUGCUGCCUUCAGAAGCAUGCACAGAUGAGAAAUUAAAUCCAGGCCCAGAGCCAAAGCGGCUGUCAGCCGAACAACUUUGCAGUCCAGACCUCUCCAGAGACCAUAGAGGUCAUCUCAAAGCGAGCCAACGCAGGACACGUAGCAGAAGUCUGUUUUGCAGCAGUAAAAAUAUAAAGCCUGAUGUUGACUCAGGAGUUAGACCCACAGAGUCUGGAAGAGAACAGAAAACAGAGCUUGGGUAUGGAAACAGCUCCACAUGCCCAGAUGAGGAGGAUCCAGAAUCACUGGUGUGGAAUAAUGUGAUUCUUCCUCUUCUUCAAGAGCUGGAGAGUGUAGCUGCAGGCAGCUCGGAGGGCUCGGUGGACCGCCUGUGUGAUCUGUGUGAUCGUCUGCAUGGCACCCUGGCUGAUGCGGACAUGCUCGGUCGACGCUGUAAGAAGAGAUCUGGGAUCCUUCGAACUCUGUUCCACCUUGUUGAUCGCGAGUCUGCCCAGCUCAACCUGCACAUUGCUAAGCUCUGCUUCGCUCUUUGUGUGAGUGGAAACAACUUGCUCAACAUCUGUAAACUCGUCUUCCAAAUCAGCCGCAGUGAAAACAACGACAUCCUCUUUGAGAAAAUCUCCAUUGUUGAUUCACUGUUGUCGGUCCUGAAUUAUGGAGAUGUUGGUGUCUCUGGAGAAGCUCUUCUCUACUGUGUUGCUGCUUUAAAAUUUCUGUCUGGAAACAUCACAAUCCUCAGAAUCUUGUUGGCCAAAAACUGUAUUGAAAUUGCGCAGAAACUCCUCCAGAAACUCUGCAUAGUGUCAGACUGCAACAUGACUUUAGCGGGGAACAUCCUCGUGCAGCUGACAGCCACCCUGAGGAACCUUGCAGAUCAUCCUGAUUCCCGUCCGCUCUUCGUUUCUUUCUAUGUAAUUCCAUCCCUCUGCCUGGUUUUGCGUCGUUACUGUGAGGACAAAGACAUCUCCACUAACAUCUCCAGAAUAUUUAGUAAACUGUCCUCUUACUCCGAGUGCUGUCUCGCUUUGGCCCGGACCCCCAACUGCUACUCUCUAAUUUUAGAUCUACUGAGCAAACAUCACCAAAAGCAGGACCUUGUUGUACGUCUUCUCUUCACCCUCGGCAACCUCACAGCUAAAAGUGAGGAGCCUCGGCAGCAGCUCUUUCAGUGCAACGAGUGCAUGCCUACACUCCUCCGACUGUACAACAGCUACCAGAGGAGAAAUGUGUCAUCUAGUACAGUCGUGCAGAAAGAAGCACCUUCCCCCAGAGAACCUGUAGCAGCUGCUGCUGCUUUGACCGACGAUGUGCUAGUGAAGCUGGUCAGGGUGCUGGCAAACAUGUGCAUCCACCCGGCUGUCGGUCCAUCACUCGCUACAAACACAACAUGCAUUCAGCUUCUGAUGGAGACAUUAGAGCUGAGGUCUGUGGAGGAGAGCGAGGACCUAAUGGUGAAUGUGGCAGCCGCCAUUAAUAACCUCUCCUUCUAUCAAGAGGAAAACUCUGAGAUCAAACAUAAUCAGCUCACCAUUGCAAAGUGGAUGUUGAAAUUGCUGCUUAGCUCAAGUAUGGACGCCAUGUUAGAGGCCACUCGUGUCUAUGGGAACUUGUCACUACAUAAGGAUGUGCGGGACUUAGCUAUGCAAAAUAAAGUGCACAAGUUUGUGGUGACUCUGCUUGACUCAAAGAGAGCUGAGAUGUGUUUUUCUGCCUGCGGGGUCCUGACCAACCUCGCUCUGGACCCUCCCAACAGGGUUUGUCUCACGCUGGAGGGGGCUCCUGCAAAGCUGGUGGACUGUCUGAGAGAUUUCGGGCCAGCUGACUGGCAGUUGGCAGGACAGGCCUGUCAGGCCUUGUGGAACUUGAUUGGUCACGGCUCCGACAAGCUGCUGCACGCAGAGGAGAGAGAGAGGCUACUGGAGAUCCUCACAGUGUACUCAGAUAAAGAGGAAGCUCUGAAGUGGACACAGAAUGAAGAUGAGCAGGAUUUCUACAGAGCAUGCUGGGAGUCAGAGUUUUUACCAGUUGCUCAAAAGUUGAUAAAGGUAUUACAUUCAGUAGACGUGACAGCUUGACAAACAGAUUUAUGGUUUCAGAGAAAUGUCUGUUUCUUGAAUAUGCUAAGUAUAAAGAGCUCCAGGAAAAAGUAUCAAAAAGUCCCAACAAAGCUUGUCAUCCAACCUCUGUUGUGUUUGACUGAAGGUUACUAAAGCUGCUGUUUUUCACAGAGGAUGAACUCUCAAACAUUUUACAGUCACUUUAAAGCUCUCAGGUCAGGAAAAUAAAACAUGUGGCAGUUGAUCAUUAAUUUGAAUAUGCAAAACAUAAAAUGUUAAAGGAAUCUUCAAGGAAAAAAAAAUAUAUAUAUAUAUUAUUUUUUUAAAUGUGUGCAUUAAUGUAAAAAUAUAUUUUAUUUUUACCUACAUUUUGUGACCUCUGUGAAAAUGUUUUAAUUGAUACUUAGGUAGUUUUGGUUGAUAGAUGUGACAUCAUAAUCCAGGUUUUAUUUUCUGUUAUUUUGGACUUUGGAUGAACAUUUCAAACUUUUUCCACAGUGGACUUUAUUCUAUGCCGUGAAGUACAGAUACUCAACUCAUAAUGUAAUCUUAAACACAGUUUACUACAAAAGAAUAAAAAUGUUAUUGUCUGGA